AUGAUUAUCUGCAACGUGUCGGCUAUUACACUUGCGAUAAUUUUUUUAAUUCUAAUUAUUCUUGAUAGAACAUGUCAUACAGUUCCAAUGAUGCUCGUUGCUAAUUCAUGCUUAGCUACGCUUAUGUUUGGAAGCGCUAUGCUUAGUUUGACCUCGUUUACUCUUCAAAAUGAUCUCAAACAGAUUCAAUAUCAAUUUCCGUUUUGUGUUUUUAUUGGAUAUGCAACUUAUGUUACAUGUACUAUACAGAAUUAUUCUUUAUUAUUACAAGCGAUUUAUCGGUAUCUAUUAAUAGUUCAUCCAAAUCGUUUAUUCUGGCACUCAUAUAGAAUUCAAUUAAUGUUUAUUUGUAUAUCAUGGAUCAUUGCUAUUGUACUUCCAAUGGAGUAUUUGUUCACCGGUGAAAUCAUUUAUAAUGUCGACAAUCAAAUAUGUCAAAUGACUCUUAGAUUUUCCUUCUCAGUCAUAUACAUGGCAUUUUGUCUCUUUGGUAUUCCUGUCUCAAUGAUUAUGUUUAUCUAUUUUUUAUUAGUUCGAUAUGUUAAACAGAUGAGCGCAAAUGUGAGACCAACCAACACAUUACCACGUGCACAACGAGAUUUAAAAAUGGUUCGACGUAUAGUUAUACUUGUAAUGAUUCUUGUCACGAUUUGUUUUCCUUAUCAAUUAUUUCUUAUAAUGUCAUUCUUCAAUAGUACACCAAAACAUAAUUUUCGAAUUGCUUUUAUAUUUGGCGAUACAGCAAUGCUAUGUGUAAUCAUUACUUUGUUUCAAUUUACAGAUCCAUUGAAAAUGUCACUAAUGAAAAUAGUAAAUAGACGAGCAAAUAUGGUUAUACCUGCUGUAUCAUGA